AUGCCUAUUCUCUCCAGAGGCAGUGACCAAGACUAUAGCAACAUUAGCUACAACUCCUGCAAUUCCUUGAGCCACCUCCUUCCCAUCUGCGUGGAAACCCCUUCUGUCAAGGGGGUCCAUUACCAGAGAGCCAAAAGGAUUUACCACCCUGACCAAGUGUCUGCAGCCGAUCUAAAGACAGAGAUCAUGAUCAACGUUGGAGGCAUCAAGUACCUGCUGCCUUGGAGUACUUUGGAUGAGUUUCCCCUGACCAGACUGAGCAAACUAAAGCUUUGCAGCAGCUACGAGGAAAUCAUCCAGCUGUGUGACGAUUACGAUGAAGACACCCACGAGUUCUUCUUCGACAGGAACCCCAACGCUUUUGGGAUGAUUGUCAGCUUCCUAGCAGCAGGGAAGCUGAUGCUCUUGAGAGACAUGUGUGCCUUGUCUUUCCAGGAGGAGCUGAGAUACUGGGGCAUUGAGGAAUCCAACCUGGAGAACUGCUGCUUUCGGAAACUGUUCCAGAAACUGCAGGAGCUGGCCGAGAUCCGCAAGGAAGAGGAGCUCCGGAGGAGCAAGGAAGCUUCGUGUGUCUUGGAUGAGAAAACCAGAUUUGGGCAGUUCAUGAACAGACUCAGAGAUAUGGUGGAAAAUCCCCAGUCAGGACUGCCAGGCAAAGUCUUUGCUUGUCUCUCCAUCCUGUUUGUGGCCACCACAGCUAUCAGCCUUUGUGUGAGCACAAUGCCAGACUUGAGAGCUGAAGAAGACAGGGGUGAGUGUUCCCAGAAGUGCUAUUACAUCUUCAUCAUCGAGACCAUCUGCGUGGCUUGGUUCUCCCUGGAGUUCUGCCUCCGGUUCAUCCAGGCCAGGAGUAAGUGUCAGUUCUUCAAAGGUCCCCUGAACAUCAUUGACUUCGUGGCCAUCUCCCCCUACUACGCCUCCCUCAUCUUCUCCGAGGACGACUCCAGCGAGGAGGAGGACAGGCCGAGCAGCAACACGUACCUGGAGAAGGUGGGCUUGGUGCUACGUGUUUUACGUGCCUUGAGGAUCCUGUACGUCAUGCGCCUUGCCCGGCACUCCCUGGGCCUGCAGACCCUGGGGCUCACCGUGCGCAAGUGCACGCGGGAAUUCGGGCUGCUGCUGCUCUUCCUGUGCGUGGCUGUCACCCUCUUCUCCCCCCUGGUGUACCUGGCCGAGAACGAGUCCGGCAGGGUGCUGGAGUUCACCAGCAUCCCCGCCUCGUACUGGUGGGCCAUCAUCUCCAUGACCACCGUGGGCUACGGGGACAUGGUGCCACGCAGCGUGCCGGGACAGAUGGUGGCUCUGAGCAGCAUCCUCAGCGGGAUCCUCAUCAUGUCCUUCCCCGCAACCUCGAUUUUCCACACCUUCUCCCACUCCUACUCCGAGCUGCGCAAGGAGCACGAGCGGCUGCAGAUGCGGCUGAGCCAAGCCAAGAACGGCAACCGCUCCGGGGGCAGUGACACCUUCAAUGAGACUGACAGCCUGGUCCUGGAGGGACAGGCAUCCCCCAUCAAAUACAUCUACAGAGGGAACUGA